AUGAUAACGAGGGAUAAGGAUGAAAGGGAACUGGAAGAUGAGGGGGGUGAUAGUUCGUUUGGCCGGGAUAGAGAAGCUCAGGUAAAUGACCUGAGCGACGAUAGCGGUAGCUCCGGGGUGGAAGUUCAGAUGGUACUACCUGGAGGGGAUAUGGCUUACGGGAAAAUCAGAGAGGAGGAUAAGGUUGAAGCAAUUCGGAAAGGGAAUGAAUCAUCCCUGAUAAUGAACGUUGAAAAUUACACAGAAAAAGAUGAGCAUCAUGGACAAGGAGUAUUCACUGAGAACCCAUUCGAAGAAAUCACUCCUGUUCAGGGUGUGAAUAAGGCUCAUGUGAAGAACGAACAAAUGGACAACAUCAAUUUUAAGGCUAGAAAGGUGGUAGAGGGUGGGCAAGAGAAAGAACUAGCGGAGGGGGCGUACAGGUAUGUAAGUGAUGAGAGUGGCACCAGAGGAAGGGGAAAAAAUGGGGGUCUCAAUGGUGGUGGAGUAAUUAAUCGAAGCAGCGACCCCCAUGAUGGAGUACCUGAAGACAUAAUCAUACUACGAGAUGACGAAGUUGCGUACAGCCAAGGGAGGAGAACAAAUUUCUCAGGUGAAGGAUUAUACACAUACGAAGAUAAAGAACGGAAGAAUAACCACAUGAUGGAAAAGGGUUACAACAGAAUGAUUAAGAACAACCCUAUAGACAACAUGAUACAGAAAAAUUUUAAUAAUACAAAGUACGACUCAUCCAAUGAUUGCACUGUUAUCGCAGCUCCAGACUUUACAGGGUUGGACAGUGGUGCGCAGCAUAGCUAUAGCCAUAAGAGAAGUACGCCUCUGUUUGACGACGUGAGUGUGAAGAAGGAAAAAAAAAAAAAAAUAAUAAAUUCAGGUAAAGGAACAAUUACGAAUGAACUGGAAGAUGCUCAGUGUGAAGUGUUCAGAGGUAAGGGGGGUGACGAAGCGAAAGUGGUAAUGAAGAAUGAGCCUAGAGGACGGGACGAGCCGAAUAGGAAGGAUGAAAAAGUGGAAACCACAACUACUUCCGAACUGACGAGGGGAUUUUCCAGGAAAGAUAACUUUCACUUGUACUGCAAAAAUCACAAUAAAAUUUUCGGAAAUGCAGAAGAUGGGGAUUUGUCUAAAUGUGAAAAUGGAGGAAUGAUGAGCUCCAUACGGGAGGCUCCUUCGGGCAACAUAGGCAAUAGCGACAUGCACAGGGAUCGCAUCGAACCGCUUAACAGUAGUACCCUGGUGAAGCAAGAAAAUGAAAAAAAGAAUUGGAAGAACCAAUUGAAUGAAAUAUCAAACAUAAUUUAUGACAAAGCAGGGGAGGAUAAUCACAUGGAUGAAAAAAAAAAGGAAGUAAGAAUCAACAAUGGAAAAAGAAAAAUAAUAUACCCUUCAAUUUAUGAGGAUGACAAGGAAGAAUGGUUUCUAGCGAACGACCAUGAUGAGUGGCUCGUGCACAAAUUGUGUGACUGGCUUUACAACGUUAAGGACAAGCUGUACUUUAACAUAAAAACGCAAGAGAUUUACUAUGUGAAGGAUAGAUCUUUUCUAAAGUUUGAGAAUUCCUUCGACGAAAGUAGAGAGGCCAGUUUGAGUCGAAUGGACAGUCAAAAGAAAAAUGGAGACGAAAAUCGACGUGAGAGUUUGAGUCAAAAAGUGCACGAGAACAGAUUCUCCUACGAAUUGGAUUCUGAUGAUCCAUUGAUGAAUAAAACAGGGGAAAGGACCAACGCAGAUGGAAGAAAUAUGUUUGAAAAUAUGGGUGACAUGGUCAGUGAUCACAGAGUUCGCGCAAAACCCUGUGUACAUAUUGAAUACAGCGGGAGUAGGGGAAGCAACUCCAGUAGGGUGAUUAGUCGAAGUAGUAGCGGGGAUGGAGGUAUGGAGGGAGAUUCAGUUAGCUACAUUUUGAGGAGUGACAGAACGGAAAAGAGAAAUGGUGUCAUCGCAAGCGACAGUCCAUUCAGUGACAAGAUGGAACUGGAUAAUCAUUCACCGGAUAGUCGCUCUCCGGAUAAUCGAUCAUCGUACAGUUGCUCACCGGAUAGUCGCUCACCGGAUAGUCGCUCACCGGAUAAUCGCUCACCGGAUAAUCAUUCAUCUGAUAAUCAUUCAUCUGAUAAUCGCUCCCCGGAUAAUCGAUCACCCGACAAUCAGUCGGUUGGAAGGCGUCGGUCCGGUCGGGAGAACGCCGACGUGAACGACGAAACGGUAGAAGAAUUCAGCAUGGUGUUGGAGGACGACUUGGUGUGCGGAACAUACAGCAGAAUGGGAGAUCAUAACAGAUGCGAGAAUGAAGAUUUCUACGUGACAAAGGAAAUUCUGGAUCUGAAUAAUGUAUCUGAAAGUGAAGGGUUAUGUUUUUUUAGUGGGGUAUUUGAUGGGCACGGAGGAUCGAACUGUGCAAGGUAUGUAAUGAACCAUUUGAAGACGAACUUGAUAGCAAAGUUCAGACAAUCGUUUUUAAUAACGUGUAAGAAGCAGUGCAAAGAUAAAGAAUCUAAACUUAAUGACCUCAGCGUUGAGAUAAGGGCAUUGUAUGAUAGCUGCAUUAAGGGGUUCGACAUGACGGAUAAGAAUUACAUAGAGUUGUCAAAGAAGUAUGAUUAUAAGGAUGGUUCUACAGCGUGUGUGGUUUUAAUUUACGGACCAGAUGAUGAUGGAUCACUAAAAGUGUUGUGUGCAAACUGUGGAGAUUCAGGUGCACUCAUAUGUCAUGAUAGAAAACCAGUAAAACUCUCACUAAGGCAUAAACCCGACUUGCAAGAAGAACGGGUGAGGAUACUGAAAUGUGGAGGCAUCAUAGCCAACAUUAAUGGGAUCAAUAGAAUCAUUACUAAACAUAAGGUGAAAGGGCAGACUGGUCGAGAGAAAACCUUUUUGGCCUUGUCCACCUCUAGAUCUUUUGGAGACAUUUCAUACAAAGUGCCUAGAAAAAUUGUUUUGUGCAAACCUUUUAUCAGUGUUUACACCAUCGACUUUGACAUGGAUUCAUUUUUGGUUCUGGCCACUGAUGGAAUAUUAAAUGUCCUGACGGACAAGGAAAUCAUUGAUAUCGUUUGGAGGAAUAUCCACAGGAAACCGGAAGAAGCUGCGGAAGAGGUGGUCCACGAGGCCUCCAGACGUGACUCCACGGACGACAAGACUUGCACCGUCAUUUUCUUUUACUGGAGGAAGGACAUCUUUCGCGGCGAGUCGGAGGAGGCUUCUUUGGAAGCACCUCCACGUGAGGAGCCCCCCGGCGAGGACAUCAACAUGUUUUCCGAAGUUUUCUAA